ACUCCAUAUGAAAAAGAACAAGCCAGACUAAUCAAGAUGCCCACGCCACCCCCCUAACAUAAAUUUUUAUUUGCUUCUUAUUUUUUAAAUAAAAAAUUACCUAAAAAGAAGAAGAAGGAGGCUAGUAAUCUCUUUCUUCCGUUGUCCUCCCUCGUAGAUUCUUCCAGAUAAGAAAAACAAGGUGAACCCAACAAACUGAGAGCGAAGGAAGAUACAGAUACUGAGAGAUGGUUUUUUGCUGAUACAAAAUAAAAUUUUAAUUGGUGGAGGUUUAGGGUUUGCAAGUAUUAUUGAGUCGUCGCUGGUGUUUUUCAGAUUGGGUGUUGCGUUUUAAGAUGACGGAUAACAUGGAUAUCGAUUUGCCUCCAGAACCUCCUAGCUCCAUCGAGCCUCGUAAUCGACUUCUUUUGAGGCUUACUCAGUUUGGAGUUCCCAAGGAGUACCUUGUUAAGUUGCAUUCUGGCCUGGUUGAUUAUAUCAUGGAUAAUUGGUCUCGCAUACCAGAGCUAGUGGCAGCAAUCUUGCCUAUUGAUGAUGAAGUGGCAGAGAUUCUCCAAAAUGCUAAGCUAGCCUCUAAAAAAUCUGCUAGCCAGACAAUGAAAUACUGUUUCAGGGAAUGCAUGGUUUGGUUACAAUGGCUGAUGUUUUUGGGCGAACCAGCUGUUGCACUUAAGAACCUAUCUAAGAUGAGUGCUGGGCGUGGUGUUUGCGGAGCUGUUUGGGGAAAUAAUGAUAUAGCAUAUCGGUGCCAAACUUGUGAAAAUGACCCCACAUGUGCAAUUUGUGUUCCUUGUUUUCAGAAUGGGAACCACAAGGAUCAUGACUAUUCUAUUAUAUACACAGGCGGAGGUUGCUGUGAUUGUGGGGAUGCGACAGCAUGGAAACAAGAGGGGUUCUGCUCAAAGCAUAAAGGUGCUGAACAAAUACAACCGCUUCCAGAGGAGUUUGCAAGAUCUGUAGGGCCUGUCCUCGAUGCUCUUCUAGGGUGUUGGAAAAAUAAGCUAGUGUCUGCUGAAACCAUCUCCCAGAAAAAUCCAAAUGCAGCUGAUCGUGCUGCUAUGGGCAAAAAGAUUGCAAAUCAGCUAACAUUUGCAGUUGUUGAGAUGCUACUAGAGUUCUGUAAAUGCAGUGAGAGUUUGCUUAGUUUUGUUUCCAGGAGGGUGAUUUCUCUAGGAGGUUUAUUGGAGAUUCUUGUGAGGUCGGAGAGGUUCUUGAGUGAGGGUGUUGUGAAGAAACUUCAUGAGCUGCUCCUGAAAUUAUUGGGAGAGCCCAUUUUCAAGUACGAGUUUGCCAAAGAAUUUUUGCGUUAUUAUCCAUUUGUUGUACAUGAAGCGAUGAAAGAAACUGUUGAUGAUACGCACACGAAAUAUCCUUUGCUUUCAAUAUUCUCUGUGCAAAUUUUUACUGUGCCCACUCUCACCCCCCGACUUGUGAAGGAGAUGAACUUGCUAGGCUUGUUGUUGGGGUGCUUGGAAGAUAUAUUUAUCCAGUGUGCUGGAGAAGAUGGUCGUUUACAGUUUACCAAGUGGGCACAUUUGUAUGAGAUCGGUAUGCGUGUAGUUGAAGAUGUUCGAUUUGUUAUGAGCCAUGGUGUUGUACCAAAAAAUGUAACUCAUGAACAGAGUGCUGUCUUGAGAACUUGGAUGGAACUUCUUUCUUUUCUGCAGGGGAUGGGACCCUUAAAGAGAGAAACUGGCCUCUAUGUAGAAGAAGAAAGUGAGAAUAUUAAUUUGCUUUUUGUUUUGUGUCAUUCUAUUGCCAACAUCCAUUCUCUUUUGGUGGAUGAAGCAUUUUCUAUGUGUGAGGAGGCAGAUGAUGCUACUUUUCUUAACAUGCAUGGAAAAGAUAUGGAUGAACAAGAUAGCAUAAGACACACAAAAAUUGGACGGCUGUCUCAGGAAAGCUCUGUAUGUAGUGUGACAGAAAGUACUUCAUUCAUUUCUGCAGAGAAGGUUGUUGAAGUUGAUUCAGAUUCCACUUGCCAUCACUUACUUCCUUCCUCAGUGAUGUGGUUAACCUAUGAGUGCUUGAGGGCCAUUGAGAAUUGUUUGGGAGCUGAUGAUUCAUCUGGGGCUCAAGUCUCUGGAGAUACUAGCAGCAUUUCCAAUAGCAACUUUUCAGCAUUUAAGAAAAAAUUGUAUAAGAUUAGAAAAGGCAAAUAUAUAUUUGGUGGCCAUGGCAGUACAAGCAAAGAUGACUGUUUUUCAGUUGCAUAUAGUCGCUGCCAUGCGAGUGUCAAUGUAGAUAAUGCUAAUGUAGUGAAGGACUGCAAAACAACAGUUCCUGGUGAUACUGACUGUGCAGGCUCCAGUGACGGUUUGAUGGAAGGCAGCAGUUCAUCAGAAUUGGACCUCGUACGUUUUUUAAGUUUGUCUGAUUGGCCAGACAUAAUUUAUGAUGUUAGUUCACAUGAUGUAUCUGUUCAGACUCCUUUGCAUCGAUUACUUUCCAUGCUUUUACAAAAAGCAUUAAGAAGGUGUUAUGGUGGAUCUGUGGUUAUAAAUGCAAUCAAUGCUAGCACCUCAACUUCAUUAUCUAGAACCGAUGAUGAUUUCUUUGGAUGUCUUCUUGAGGGCUGCCACCCUUUUGGGUUUUCUGCCUUUGUUAUGGAGCACCCUUUGCGGAAUAGGGUGUUUUGUGCCCAGGUCCAUGCUGGAAUGUGGAGGAAGAAUGGGGAUGCUGCCAUUUUAUGCUGUGAGUGGUACCGCUCAGUACGCUGGUCUGAACAAGGUUUAGAGUUUGAUCUAUUUCUUCUGCAGUGCUGUGCUGCUUUGGCUCCACCUGACCUCUAUGUCAGUAGAAUUCUAGAACGUUUUGGGUUGUCAGACUACCUUUCUCUGAAAGCUGAGCAAUCUACAGAGUAUGAACCAGUUUUGAUGCACGAAAUGCUCAUGCUUCUUAUACAAAUUGUCCAGGAAAGGCGGUUUUCUGGGUUGACUCCUGCUGAAAAUUUGAAGAGAGAGUUGGUUCAUAAGUUAGCAAUUGGAGAUGCCACUCGCAGUCAAUUAGUUAAAUCCUUGCCCAGUGAUCUCUCCAAGAUUGACCAACUUCAGGAAGUUUUGGAUACUGUUGCUGUAUAUUCUAAUCCAUCCGGCUUCAAUCAGGGGAUGUAUUCUUUGCGCUGGGCAUAUUGGAAAGAGCUAGAUCUGUACCACCCUCGUUGGAAUUCACGGGAUUUACAAGUUGCAGAAGAAAGAUAUUUGCGCUACUGUAGUGCUUCUGCAGGAACAACACAGCUUCCUAGGUGGACAAAUAUAUACCCUCCUCUUAAGGGCGUAGCUAGAAUAGCUAGUAGUAAAGUGGUCAUUAAAAUCAUCCGUGCUGUAUUAUUUUAUGCUAUUUUCAUGCAUAAGCGCGCUCCUGAUGGUGUUCUUCUAACUGCAUUGCACUUGCUCUCAUUAGCAUUAGACAUCUGUAUUCAGCAGAAAGAAAUGGAUAUGUCAUUUCACAUUGAAAACUCCACUUCUAUGUUUGCUUUUGUGGGUGAAGAAAUCCAAGAGGGAUUAAAUUACGGCUCUGGUGGCCAGAGCUUGCUGUCACUUCUUGUCUUGCUCAUGAGGAUACACAAGAGAGAGAGUUCUGACAACCUCUUGGAAGCAGGCAGUUACAACUUCUCUUCUUUGAUUGAAAGUUUGUUGAAGAGGUUUGCAGAGAUAGAUGCUGGAUGUAUGACCAAACUGCAGCAACUUGCCCCUGAGAUGGCCAUUCAUUUAUCACAAUCAGUUCCAAAUAUUGAGAAAAAUACAUUGGGUUCAGCUUCUGAUAGUGAGAAACGCAAAGCCAAAGCUCUCGAGAGACAGGCUGCCAUAUUGGCAAAAAUGAAAGCUGAGCAGUCCAAAUUUUUGUCGAGUAUGAACUCUGCUACUGAUGAUGUUUCAAAUACUGGAGCAGAAGGAAAUGACUCAGAUGGCACACAGAAUUUGGAAGAGUUGACGCAAGAUGUUUGUUCUCUUUGCCAUGAUCCCAAUUCCAAAAAUCCUGUGUCCUUCUUGGUUCUGCUUCAGAAAUCAAGGCUUUUGAGCUUCAUUGACAGAGGCCCUCCAUCAUGGGAUCAAGAUCAGCUGCCUGACAAGGAGCAAAACUCUGUAAUUGCAAAGGCAUUGACCAAUCAAUCUGGAAUAAGCUCUUCAAGUGGUUCGGGAAUGAUUUCAUCUACUCAACUAACACAUUUUGUUCAGGAUGUAGUCAACCAAUUUGCUAAUUAUGCUCAACCUGGGGAAGUAAAUGCUAUUAUUGAAUUCAUCAAGGCUCGGUUCCCUUUAUUAAGGAGUUCCCAAGUAUCUUCUGCAUCCAAGGAUGGGAAAGAUAAGACUAUGAAUACUUUUGAGAUGUUAGAACAAGACAUGUACUUCUCCAUGCGGAAAGAAAUGCAUGAUAAUAUGCUCGCUUCAAAUUCUGGAUUGCAGACUGAUAAAUUUACAGCUGCUGAAGGUGGUCAGAUAAGCAGUCCUGUUGAAUCUGUAUUGCUUGGAAAAUAUAUAGCAGCUCUUUCUAGAGAGAUAACAGAGCACCCUUCUUCUUCUGAAAGUUCUCCUAAUGAUGAGCUACAGGCAGAAUUUCCUUCCCGGUCUCUCACAUAUGAUGGAUUUGGCCCUGCAGAUUGUGAUGGGGUUCAUCUAUCUUCCUGUGGACAUGCUGUGCAUCAGGAAUGUCUUGAUCGCUAUUUGUCAUCAUUGAAGGAACGAUAUGUCAGAAGAAUUGUUUUUGAAGGAGGGCAUAUUGUCGACCCAGAUCAGGGGGAAUUUCUCUGCCCUGUAUGUCGUCAACUAGCAAAUUCUGUCUUGCCUUCAUUGCCUGGGGAUUUCCAAAAGGUUUGGAGACAGCCCAUGAUUUCAACUGUCAGUUCACUGCAUGCUGUGGGGGCUUUGGUCUCAUCAAGUGAAGGAUGUGAUUCUCUUCAGCUUCAACAUGCCUUGUUUCUCUUGAAAUCUGCUGCAAAAAUGGUUGAAAAGGGAGAUAUCUUGAAAGCUAUUCCCUUGCGAAGGGGUGAAAAAAUGUGGCCGAAUCUUGAUUCAAUUUCCCGUCUCCUUAUUAAACUAUAUUUCCCAAACAGAUGGGAUAAGUUCUCAGGAUCUGCAAGGGUAAACCAUUCCAUGAUUAUGUGGGAUACUCUUAAGUAUUCCCUUGUAUCUAUGGAGAUUGCAGCACGUUGUGGAGGAACUCAAAUGACUCCUACAUAUAGCCUAAAUGCGUUGUACAAGGAACUCAAAUCUACCAGUGGAUUUACUCUAUCCUUGUUGCUCAAAAUUGUCCAAAAUUUGAGGAGUAAGAAUCCUCUUCAUGUGCUUCAGAGAUUUAGGGGUAUUCAGCUAUUUGCAGAGUCUAUUUGCGCAGGAGUUCCCAAUGAUUAUCCCAGUGGUGCUUAUAGGUGUGGAGAAAAUAUGUCGUGCAUCUUAGCACACAUUGGGAAGGAAGUUUCAUACUCUGACGUGCAAUUUUGGAAUUGGGUGGCUGAACCUGUCCUUGCUCAUGAUGCUUUUUCAUCAUUGAUGUGGGCCCUGUUUUCUCUCCCAUGCCCAUUUCUGUCUUGUCAAGAUUCCUUAUUGUCCCUUGUGCAUGUUUUCUAUGGUGCUUCUGUAGCUCAGGCUAUAGUAAUAUUUUGUGGGAAACAUCAACGUGAAAUGAGGGAAUCAAAUUUUGAUGAUUCUCUGAUUACUGACAUCUCCAAGGUUUUUGGGGAAUCUGGAUGCAUCAAGGAUUAUUUUGUUUCCGACAACAUCGAUUCAUCUUCUGACAUCAUCAAUGUAAUUCGUAGAUUGAGUUUCCCUUACUUGAGGAGGUGUGCUUUGUUGUGGAAAUUGCUGAGUACCUCAGUCUCAGCACCAUUCUGUGAUAGGGAUGUGUUGAAUAGAUCAUCUAAUGCUGAGAAUUACAUGAUGGAUAACAUGAGUGGAGCUCAAGACGAGCUUAAUGAAGUUCAAGAGCUGGAAAAGAUGUUCAAAAUUCCUCCAUUAUUUUCUGUCCUCAAGGAUCAUACUCUACGAUCUUUAGUUACAAAAUGGCUCCAUCAUUUUUGCAAGCAGUAUGAAAUCUUUAGCCCCCAACAUGUUCUACAUGUCACACCUGCAGUUCCAUUCAAGUUAAUGCACCUACCGCAUGUUUACCAGGAUCUACUGCAGAGGUAUAUAAAACAGAAAUGUGUUGGCUGCAAGACUGUGCUUGAUGACCCCGCUCUUUGCCUACUCUGUGGUAGAGUUUGCUCUCUCAACUGGAAGUCAUGCUGCAGGGAAAGUGGAUGCCAAACUCAUGCUAUGGCCUGCGGUGCUGGUACUGGUGUAUUUCUGUUGAUCAAGAGAACUACAAUUCUGCUACAAAGAUGUGCACGCCAGGCUCCUUGGCCAUCUCCAUACUUGGAUGCAUUUGGUGAAGAGGAUAUUCAAAUUCAGAGAGGAAAGCCAUUGUACCUGAAUGAGGAGCGCUAUGCUGCACUUGCUUACAUGGUUGCUUCUCAUGGCCUUGAUCGGAGCUCUAAGGUUCUUGGCCAAACUACCAUUGGAUCCUUAUUCUUGGUCUAGCUGGGAAGAUUCAUCUUCAAGUUUCCAUACGGAUUUCUCAGGCAUAGAAGGAUUUUGAAUCAGAUUGAUAUUGGAAGGAUGACAAGUGCUUUUCUGUACAUGCAAAGAUUGCCAAAUCGUCCACACAUUUUGGGGGAAAUUAGUUAAAGAUCUAGGGUUCAGGAUAUAGGUGUUCUGCAGUUGGAUAAGCACUUCAUACAGCUCAAAAUGCUGGGAGGAACCUACGUUACUGGCUUUGUGGUCGCGUGUGAAGCACACGGUUAUUUAUUAUCUGUGCAUUUGGCGACUUGCUCUUGUCAAAGGAAAAUCAACAACCUUGUGUAAAUGUUGUACAUAAGUACAUCCCGAGCACUUCAGCUUUUGGAAAUUAUAACGGAGCUCAAAAUUUAAUUUGUUUAUUGUUGAGUGAUUAUUUCUUGGGAAAA